AUGCAAUUUUUCACUACCAUUCUCGUCGCUCUCAGCCUAGCUAGUGCUGCCAUUGCCGCCCCUCACCCUGUUUCUGAACCCAUCAUCACUAGAAUCACCAAUACCGACGCCAGAAUCGAAGGGCCCACAGUCACUAGAAUCGUCAAUCCGGGUGUCAGAACCGGCCCACCCACCGUUACCAGAAUCACAACCCCAACUUGCAUCACAAGGUUCACUGUCACAACAUCCUACCCACCUAAAAAUCAACGAUACACCACUACUAUCUACAAGACCUGGGCAGCUAUCCCCCAUGAUCUCGAUUGUAAGGGUUGUAACUUGGAUGUUAUCACCAAGACAAUUAAUACCUCAAGGCGACCGGAUGCUACUGUUACUAGGGAAUCGACCUUGACGAGGGUUCCAAUGUGUUAUUUUUUCCCCACUCCGCGUCCUUAG